AUGGCUGACAAAGUGAAGGUAUUCUGUAUCAUGUUCAACAAUGAAGACAAGCGUGAAUACAGUGCUGGUGAAGUGCUAUCUGGACACGUUGUGGUCGAGGUGUCUACAGGUGUGUCGGUACAAAUCAAAGCUGUCAAAAUAUCGACCAGAGGAUGUGCCCAGGUCUGUUGGGGUGAAGGGACUCGACAAGCAUCAUCACCGAGCAGUGCUGCUAUAGCAAACACAUCAUCUCAUUAUGAGCGGGUGGAAUACUUCUGCAUAUCUCAAACUCUCAAAGAAACACCAGAUGGUGAGGAAUUCAUCAGUCUUGAUGAAGGGCAUUAUGAGUUCCCCUUUCAUGUGGAGCUCACUCAAACGCCCCUUGUUACCUCUUUCAAGGGGAAGUAUGGGAGUGUUUGCUAUGAGGUGACAGCUGUAUUACAGAGGCCCUUGAAUCAAGAUCAAACUGUCAACAGAGAAUUCUCUGUUAUCAGCCAUGUUGAUGUCAAUUCCCCAUGGUUACUGUCCUCUGUGUCUACAAACAACAACAAGAUGAUUGGCUGUUGGAUUUUUACCUCAGGCCCCAUCUCUCUGAAUGUCAAUAUCAACAGAAGGGGCUACUGUAAUGGAGAGUCAAUCCCCAUCUAUGCUGUGAUUGAGAACUGUUCUUCUCGACUCAUCGUACCUAAAGCAGCUAUCUACCAAAUCCAGACCUUCAUGGCAAAUGGCAAAACAAAAAGUCAUACAAAGUUGGUUGCCAGUGUGAGGGGUAACCACAUUCCAUCAGGCUGCACAGACACCUGGAAUGGAAAAACACUGAAGAUUCCACUUGUCUCUGCCUCAAUUCUCAACUCCUCAGUCAUCAGAGUGGAAUACUCCCUGGCAGUCAUGGCACAGAUACCAGGUGCUAAGAAACUCAAGGUGGAGCUUCCCAUUGUGAUUGGCAGUAUACCAUACAAUGGCCUUGACAGCAGAAGCUCCAGCUUGAGCAGUCACUUCAGCAUGGACAUGAGCUGGCUCGCACUGGCGCUUCCUGAAGUGCCUGAAGCCCCCCCUAACUAUGCGGAUGUGGUGUCUGAGGAAGAGUUUGAACUGCACAGCCCCUCUUACACUCAGUCCGAGGAGUUGGAGAGACAGCUUGGUGGACCAGCCUUUGCUUACAUCCAGGAGUUCAGGUUCCAGCCUCCACCGCUGUACUCUGAGGUUGAUUCCCACCCAGUCCAUAGCUAGGCUAAAUGUUAAGCCUCUACAUCAUCUGUUAAAGAACCAAAGUGAUGCUUUCAAAUUGCAAUGUUGCACAAUAUUUAUAUUGUGGUGGAAAGAGUGUAAUAUAGAGUGAUCAAGUCUUGAACUAAUUAAACUUUGGAUUCAAAAGCAGAUUAACAGUAUUUUUUGAAUGAUUAUAUACUAGGCUGUGUUGAGAAAUGGAGCCUACUCUUUACAUGACUGUUAUUAGAAAGGGAAUUACUGCACAGCACAUUGUUGUAGCAGGUGGGUGCAACAUAAUACAAGAUAAGGUGUGUUAUCUGCUGUAUAUAAUGUAAAGCACUUUGAGAGCUACUGAAACAGGUUUUGUUGUUGAAAUCUACAAUAGAUUUAUUCCUGUAUGUAGUGAAUCCUUUCCUGUUCAGGGUGUAUAAUAUAACAUGUGCAUUCUUUUUGAUACAUUAACUAACAAUACAUGUUCAGGGUGUAUAAUAUAACAUGUGCAUUCUUUUUGAUACAUUAACUAACAAUACAUGUUCAGGGUGUAUAAUAUAACAUGUGCAUUCUUUUUGAUACAUUAACUAACAAUACAUGUUCAGGGUGUAUAAUAUAACAUGGGCAUUCUUUUUGAUACAUUAACUAACAAUACAUGUUCAGGGUGUAUAAUAUAACAUUGGCAUUCUUUUUGAUACAUUGUAACUAAAAAGUUGAAAAUGUCUGAACAGAAACUGUAUUAUGCUUUGAUAGUUCGUGGAUAUUUUGACCUUGGAGUUGUUCCUUCUCAGAAUAUAUUGCCUUAUCUGAAAUGUAACUGAUGUUGAGUUUUGUGAGAAUUGUGAGUGCCUAGGGAAAACCUUGGAUCAUGCAGUGUUGUGAAUGUUUAUCAGGUACAGACGUAUGUAUGUUAGUUAUCAUGUUGCUAUUUACCAGUUUAUCUAUUGAAAUGUAUACUUUUGCAGGAUGAA